AUGCCCAUUCAGACCAUCUUGAGUGGAUCAAACUACAUAUUAUGGGCUCAAGAAAUAUCAAGUUUUCUAAAGGGAUGUAAGCUUUGGCGUCAUGUCACUGGAAGUAUUUUCGAGCCUAGUGAAGCCAUUGAAGACGAUGAUGAUACAUUUGUCAAACGUUUAGAUAAGCGGCGAAUACCAUUGGAAUUCCAAGUUGGUGAAUAUGUUUUCCUUAAAGUGUCGUCAAUGAGGGGUACUUCGUGCUUCGGCAAGAAAGGGAAGUUAAGUCCGAGGUACAUCGGUCCAUUUGAAAUUCUAGAGCGAAUGGGGACUUUGGUGUAUUGUCUCGCAUUGUCAUCGAGACUUGCUCAAGUGCAUGACGUCUUUCACGUGUUAAAGUUGAGGAGGUAUGAACAUGAUCCAACCCACGUGCUGAAUUUUAAGGAAUUAGAUGUGGACGGGAGAGUGUUGCAUGUGAAGAGACCGUUUCAGAUAGUGGAUCAGAAAAAGCAAAUGCUGCGCAAAAAGAUGAUCUCUUUGGUUAAAGUGGUCUGGCAAUACCACGGAAUAGAAGGAGCUACGUGA